AUGUCAGAAUCCGAGGAAAACACAAGGCUCGAAGACAAGUGGGAACAAGAGGUGUAUGUGGUUGUAAAACGUGCUGGGGAUCUUCCAGUUUACAUUGUGAGACCAGAGAGGAUUUUCCCAGAAGAUCUUACUGCUCAAAAACCCCAUACUCUUAGCCAGAGUCGCAACCGUACUGACCAAGUUGAUAUCUUUGAGGAUGAGGAUACAACGGAUGCUGAACUUACCAUCCUUGGGAGUUUUGCUCAGUUCCCAAUGAAGUUCAGUGUGGAAAGAGUGGAGUGGAGCCCUGCAACAAAAGAUCUUCAAUUGCAAUCUCACUUGAAACCCACUUACACUGAAGUUGAAGAGUCCUGGCCAAAACCAUUGGUGAAGAUUCAAUCUAUGUCCAGCUGUGAGAGAACCACAACUAUUACUUCAACAACAAUGCCUACAACUUCAGAAAGUACAACAAUAGAAACCACAACUACAGCUUCAUCAACUUUAUCUACAACAACAAAUGAUCCAACAACAUCAAUAGCAUCAUCAACCACAUCUACAACAACAAACAAUCCAGCAACAUCAAUAGCUGUAACUUCAGAAUCCACAUCCCCAGUGAAGCUCUGGUCCUCAGGCGCUAUCAACACUCUCCGUCAUUCCAGAGAGUCACAGCUGAAUGAAUCAGUGAAGGUGGUGAAUGUCACCUAUGAGAAUCUGGUUCAGCAGUGGUCACAAGCAAGCUGGGUGUUCAACUCCUCAUCUCCAGUCCCCAGUGAAGCUCUGGUCCUCAGUGCUAUCAGCACUCUCCGUAGUUCCAGAGAGUCACAGCUGAAUGAAUCAGUGAACGUGGUGAAUGUCACCUAUGAGAAAAUCUCAGAAACCUCUUAUGCUGUGGUCUUUACAUUUAAUUUGGUUAACAUCAGCAUGCCAGAGGACCCUGAGCGCAGAAACAAUACAUACCUGCAAGUGGAGGAUAUCGUCAAUAAUGCGCUGAACACUCUUCUGAAUGAACCUGGCAAGCAAGUUUUCAAACCAAAGUCCUCCAACUUUAGGAGCACUUCAAAUAAGAUUGAUGGCAGGAUGGACUACACCUUCCAGGAUGGAGAUGCCAUACAACCAGUCAGCUUCCUAAAUGAGCUUCAUCUUCCAACUACUACAACAGUGCUUCCAGGAACAACAACCGGUUUCUCUGUGACUCCUUAUAACCUCAUAUUUGGUUCAUCAGUGGUCACAAGCAAGCUGCUGUUCAACUCCUCAUCUCCAGUCCCCAGUGGAGCUCUGGUCCUCAGCCCUAUCAACACUCUCCUUAAUUCCAGAGAGUCACAGCUGAAUGAAUCAGUGAAGGUGGUGAAUGUCACCUAUGAGAAAAUCUCAGAAACCUCUUAUGCUGUGGUCUUUACAUUUAAUUUGGUUAACAUCAGCAUGCCAGAGGACCCUGAGCGCAGAAACAAUACAUACCUGCAAGUGGAGGAUGUCGUCAAUAAUGCGCUGAACACUCUUCUGAAUGAACCUGGCAAGCAAGUUUUCAAACCAAAGUCCUCCAACUUCACGAGCACUUCAAAUCAGAUUCAUGGCAGGAUGGACUACACCUUCCAGGAUGGAGAUGCCAUACAACCAGUUAGCUUCCUAAAUGAGCUUCAUCUUCCAACUACUACAACAGUGCUUCCAGGAACAACAACCGGUUUCUCUGUGACUCAUUCAAACCUCAUAUCUGGUUCAGCACUGGUCAGAAGCAAGCUGGUGUUCAACUCCUCAUCUCCAGUCCCCAGUGAAGCUCUGGUCCUCAGCGCUAUCAACACUCUCCGUAAUUCCAGAGAGUCACAGCUGAAUGAAUCAGUGAAGGUGGUGAAUGUCACCUAUGAGAAAAUCUCAGACACCUCUUAUGCUGUGGUCUUUACAUUUAAUUUGGUUAACAUCAGCAUGCCAGAGGACCCUGAGCGCAGAAACAAUACAUACCUGCAAGUGGAGGAUGUCGUCAAUAAUGCGCUGAACACUCUUCUGAAUGAACCUGGCAAGCAAGUUUUCAAACCAAAGUCCUCCAACUUCACGAGCACUUCAAAUAAGAUUGAUGGCAGGAUGGACUACACCUUCCAGGAUGGAGAUGCCAUACAACCAGUCAGCUUCCUAAAUGAGCUUCAUCUUCCAACUACUACAACAGUGCUUCCAGGAACAACAACCGGUUUCCCUGUGACUCCUUAUAAACCUCAUCAGUGGGUCACAAGCAAGCUGCUGUUCAACUCCUCAUCUCCAGUCCCCAGUGAAGCUCUGGUCCUCGGCGCUAUCAACACUCUCCGUCAUUCCAGAGAGUCACAGCUGAAUGAAUCAGUGAAGGUGGUGAAUGUCACCUAUGAGAAAAUCUCAGACACCUCUUAUGCUGUGGUCUUUACAUUUAAUUUGGUUAACAUCAGCAUGCCAGAGGACCCUGAGCGCAGAAACAAUACAUACCCGCAAGUGGAGGAUGUCGUCAAUAAUGCGCUGAACAUUCUUCUGAAUGAACCUGGCAAGCAAGUUUUCAAACCAAAGUCCUCCAACUUCACGAGCACUUCAAAUCAGAUUGAUGGCAGGAUGGACUACACCUUCCAGGAUGGAGAUGCCAUACAACCAGUCAGCUUCCUAAAUGAGCUUCAUCUUCCAACUACUACAACAGUGCUUCCAGGAACAACAACCGUUUCUCUAUCUGGUUCAGCAGUGGUCACAAGCAAGCUGGUGUUCAACUCCUCAUCUCCAGUCCCCAGUGAAGCUCUGGUCCUCAGUGCUAUCAGCACUCUCGUAAAUUCCAGAGAGUCACAGCUGAAUGAAUCAGUGAAGGUGGUGAAUGUCACCUAUGAGAAAAUCUCAGAAACCUCUUAUGCUGUGGUCUUUACAUUUAAUUUGGUUAACAUCAGCAUGCCAGAGGACCCUGAGCGCAGAAACAAUACAUACCUGCAAGUGGAGGAUGUCGUCAAUAAUGCGCUGAACACUCUUCUGAAUGAACCUGGCAAGCAAGUUUUCAAACCAAAGUCCUCCAACUUCACGAGCACUUCAAAUCAGAUUGAUGGCAGGAUGGACUACACCUUCAAGGAUGGAGAUGCCAUACAACCAGUCAGCUUCCUAAAUGAGCUUCAUCUUCCAACUACUACAACAGUGCUUCCAGGAACAACAACCAGUUUCCCUGUGACUCCUUCAAACCUCAUAUCUGGUUCAGCACUGGUCACAAGCAAGCUGCUGUUCAACUCCUCAUCUCCAGUCCCCAGUGAAGCUCUGGUCCUCAGCGCUAUCAACACUCUCCGUAAAUCCAGAGAGUCACAGCUGAAUGAAUCAGUGAAGGUGGUGAAUGUCACCUAUGAGAAAAUCUCAGACACCUCUUAUGCUGUGGUCUUUACAUUUAAUUUGGUUAACAUCAGCAUGCCAGAGGACCCUGAGUGCAGAAACAAUACAUACCCGCAAGUGGAGGAUGUCGUCAAUAAUGCGCUGAACACUCUUCUGAAUGAACCUGGCAAGCAAGUUUUCAAACCAAAGUCCUCCAACUUCACGAGCACUUCAAAUCAGAUUGAUGGCAGGAUGGACUACACCUUCCAGGAUGGAGAUGCCAUACAACCAGUCAGCUUCCUAAAUGAGCUUCAUCUUCCAACUACUACAACAGUGCUUCCAGGAACAACAACCGGUUUCUCUGUGACUCCUUCAAACCUCAUAUUUGGUUCAGCAGUGGUCACAAGCAAGCUGCUGUUCAACUCCUCAUCUCCAGUCCCCAGUGAAGCUCUGGUCCUCAGCGCUAUCAACACUCUCCGUAAUUCCAGAGAACCACAGCUGAAUGAAUCAGUGAAGGUGGUGAAUGUCACCUAUGAGAAAAUCUCAGAAACCUCUUAUGCUGUGGUCUUUACCUUUAAUUUGGUUAACAUCAGCAUGCCAGAGGACCCUGAGCGCAGAAACAAUACAUACCCGCAAGUGGAGGAUGUCAUCAAUAAUGCGCUGAACACUCUUCUGAAUGAACCUGGCAAGCAAGUUUUCAAACCAAAGUCCUCCAACUUCACGAGCACUUCAAAUCAGAUUGAUGGCAGGAUGGACUACACCUUCCAGGAUGGAGAUGCCAUACAACCAGUCAGCUUCCUAAAUGAGCUUCAUCUUCCAACUACUACAACAGUGCUUCCAGGAACAACAACCGGUUACUCUGUGACUCCUUCAAACCUCAUAUCUGGUUCAGCAGUGGUCACAAGCAAGCUGCUGUUCAACUCCUCAUCUCCAGUCCCCAGUGGAGCUCUGGUCCUCAGCCCUAUCAACACUCUCCGUAAUUCCAGAGAACCACAGCUGAAUGAAUCAGUGAAGGUGGUGAAUGUCACUUAUGAGAAAAUCUCAGAAACCUCUUAUGCUGUGGUCUUUACCUUUAAUUUGGUUAACAUCAGCAUGCCAGAGGACCCUGAGUGCAGAAACAAUACAUACCUGCAAGUGGAGGAUGUCAUCAAUAAUAUGCUGAACACUCUUCUGAAUGAACCUGGCAAGCAAGUUUUCAAACCAAAGUCCUCCAACUUCACGAGCACUUCAAAUCAGAUUGAUGGCAGGAUGGACUACACCUUCCAGGAUGGAGAUGCCAUACAACCAGUCAGCUUCCUAAAUGAGCUUCAUCUUCCAACUACUACAACAGUGCUUCCAGGAAAAAAAACCAGUUUAACUGUGACUCUUUCAAACCUCAUAUCUGGUUCAUUAGUGGUCACAAGCAAGCUGCUGUUCAACUCCUCAUCUCCAGUCCCCAGUGAAGCUCUGGUCCUCAGCGCUAUCAACACUCUCCGUAAUUCCAGAGAGUCACAGCUGAAUGAAUCUGUGAAGGUGGUGAAUGUCACCUAUGAGAAAAUCACGGCAACCUCCUAUGCUGUCAUCUUUAAUUUUAUUUUGAGUAAUAUCAGCAUGUCAAAAGAUCCUAAACUAAGAAAUGGUACUUACCUUCAAGCUCAGGGUGUCGUCAAUAAUGCGCUGAAUAGUCUUCUGAAUGAACCUGGCAGAACAACUUUAAAUCCCAAGUCGACCAACUUCAUAAGCACAUCAAACCAGAUUGAUGGCAGGAUGGAAUACACCUUCCAAGAUAGAGAUGCCAUACAACCAGUCAGCUUCCUAAAUGAGCUUCGUUCACCAACAGUCUUAACAACAGCCAGUACUCUGACAACUACUCCAAAGAUAGUGCUUGGCAGAGCACUUAUAUUCAUUCGCCUCGUGUUUGUCACACGGGGCCCCCUGCCAAAUCCAGAUAAUGUUCUUGCAGUGGCUAACACUCUGCUGAAAACACGUCUCACAGCUAAACAAGACACCACAACACAAGACCUGAGUGAUCCUGUGAGCUUUGUCAAUGUCACAUACACAAAAAUAAACGAGACAGCCUAUGCUCUCAACUUUGGAUUUGAAAUCAGCAAUAUAACCAUGUCUGAGAAACUUGAACUCAGGAAUGGUACCCACCUGUUAAUACAAGACUCCGUAAACACAUUGCUGGCCAAGAUCCUCCUCGAUAACUCCUCAGCUCCUGUCAUUAAGUUCCAAGCAGCUGAUUUCACGGGUAAUUCCGCUGUGAUUCAGGCCAAAGUAGAGUAUGUUAUCUCACCAAGUGACAUCACGCAACCCAGCAUAUUUGUUCAGGAACUUCUCCAACUCGCCGAAGAGACCACUCUGACAACAACUUCACCACCAAUCUUGAGUAGGAAGGCAAUUAUUACGAUUCGUCUCGAGUUUAUCACACUGGGCCCAAGACCAAGUGAGAAUAGUGUUCUAGAGGUGGUUAAAUCUAUGCUGGCCGCAAAUCUCACAACUAAACUAACUGCCAGAACAGUAAGCGUGAGUGAUCCUGUGAUCUUGACAAAUGUCAACUAUUUAGGAAUUAAUGACACUGCCUACGCGCUCAUCUUUACAUUUGAAAUCAGCAAAGUAUUACUGACAGAGUUAAAAAGGAAUGAAACCUAUCAAGAAAUCCAAAAUAAGAUAAAUGACUUGGUGAUCCAGAUCCUAAAGGACCCCUCAGUUAAUCUGCUCAUUCCAGCCCAUUUCAAGGAAAAUUCCACUGUGAUAGAGGCCAAUGUUACGUAUGUUUUCUCACAAUAUGCCAGCAACACGGGUGCCGGUUUCUUGGUCAAUACCCUUUUCACAGUUUUUACCACACCAGUUCCAACCACCAUGAGCACUACAAUCUCAAACAACAGUACAAACGCAGCAUGGGUUGUGGCUAUCAUUGUCCCCUGUGCUAUUAUCAUCGGGCUCGUACCUUGCUGGAUUCUCCUUUGUUGUUUGCUGUGUGGUUGCUGUGCAGCAAUCAGGAGACGAUGGCACAGAAGACGGUCAUACAAUGUACAGUACACAACUCGAAACAGCCUCUUCUAGAGAAUUCAGGGAUGACAAAAAAGGACUGAACACCAAUGAAAACAUAAAAAUCAUGGAUUUUGGAUAUUCAGUGUGCAAUUCAAUGCUGCCUCUUAAGUAUAAAAGUACUAUGUUAAUGCUUAUUUUAUAAAUUAUUGCUAGACAAACAGGUUCUCUAUAAAAUGUUCAUAAAUGUGAUAUUUUAAUUCUUCCUAUAGCGUAUAAUAAAACUGUAUUGCUGUUAUUUAUUUGUAUUUAUUGUAAUAUUCUGUUUAUGUUUACAAUUAAUAAGCUUUUGCAAAGCAUUAGUCUGCUUGACACACAGUUUCAUUUAAAGGGACAAAGGUAGAACUUUGGAAUUACAGCUAUUAUUUAUUCACACUGUGCACUUUAUAAUGUUAAGCAAAGGUAAAGCAAGCUCAUGAUGUAAAGGAAAUGUAAAGCAAGUUUAGUUGUUGGCAUGAACAAGUUAAACUGCAAAAAAAAUAAAAAAUACUAGAUUAAUAAAGAAUACAGAACAAUA